GAAUUUUUAGAACUUUUAAGUGCGGAGGAUGUUGUGUACGGUCUUCGCCUUCAGAAGGUAGAAGUACCCACAGCUGUUCGCCGUGGUGAUCCUGUGUGGCUAAACUGUACAUACGAUUUGGAAUCUGACGACUUAUACUCGGUGAAAUGGUACAAAAAUAACGUCGAGUUUUACCGCUACUUACCAAGUGAUGAUCCCCCGGGACAGAAGUACGACCUAUUAGGGGUCUAUGUAAAUCUGAGCCAAUCGAAAUUAGGCAACGUAUACUUGUCAAGUUCGGACUUGAACACAGAAGGAACCUACCGAUGUGAAGUGUCAGCCGAGGCGCCAUCUUUCCAAACAGAAAGAGCUGAAAGAGAACUGCAGGUUUACGGAUUGGUUUGGUUUGAAUUUCGCGCAA